AUGGCAAUGGUCUUUGGCAAUGUCACCUCACGUGUCGGAGUCGUGUGUCAGUUCCAAGUAUCAGUGUCAUGUGUCACGUGUCAGUGUCCCGUGUCACUGUCACGUGUCAGUUACAAGUAUCAGUGUCAAGUAUCAGUGUCACGUGUCAGUGUCCCGUGUCAGUUCCAAGUAUCAGUAUCAAGUGUCAGUGUCCCGUGUCAGUGUCCCGUGUCAGUUCCAAGUAUCAGUAUCAAGUGUCAGUGUCCCGUGUCAGUGUCCCGUGUCAGUUCCAAGUAUCAGUAUCAAGUGUCAGUGUCCCGUGUCAGUGUCCCGUGUCAGUUCCAAGUAUCAGUAUCAAGUGUCAGUGUCCCGUGUCAGUGUCCCGUGUCAGUUCCAAGUAUCAGUAUCAAGUGUCAGUGUCCCGUGUCAGUGUCCCGUGUCAGUUCCAAGUAUCAGUAUCAAGUGUCAGUGUCCCGUGUCAGUGUCCCGUGUCAGUUCCAAGUAUCAGUAUCAAGUGUCAGUGUCCCGUGUCAGUGUCCCGUGUCAGUUCCAAGUAUCAGUAUCAAGUGUCAGUGUCCCGUGUCAGUGUCCCGUGUCAGUUCCAAGUAUCAGUAUCAAGUGUCAGUGUCCCGUGUCAGUGUCCCGUGUCAGUUCCAAGUAUCAGUAUCAAGUGUCAGUGUCCCGUGUCAGUGUCCCGUGUCAGUUCCAAGUAUCAGUAUCAAGUGUCAGUGUCCCGUGUCAGUGUCCCGUGUCAGUUCCAAGUAUCAGUAUCAAGUGUCAGUGUCCCGUGUCAGUGUCCCGUGUCAGUUCCAAGUAUCAGUAUCAAGUGUCAGUGUCCCGUGUCAGUGUCCCGUGUCAGUUCCAAGUAUCAGUAUCAAGUGUCAGUGUCCCGUGUCAGUGUCCCGUGUCAGUUCCAAGUAUCAGUAUCAAGUGUCAGUGUCCCGUGUCAGUGUCCCGUGUCAGUUCCAAGUAUCAGUAUCAAGUGUCAGUGUCCCGUGUCAGUUCCAAGUAUCAGUAUCAAGUGUCAGUGUCCCGUGUCAGUGUCACGUGUCAGUUACAAGUAUCAGUGUCAAGUAUCAGUGUCAUGUGUCAGUGUCCCGUGUUAGUUCCAAGUAUCAGUAUCAAGUGUCAUUGUAA